UAUGAUACGGUGUAAUUACAAGGAUAUAAUUGGAAAUUAACGCGGUGCUUGGAAACGGAAGAGCUAAAUCUAGCAGAGAGAAUUGAGAAGCAGCGACUAUUAGAUCUCCAUGGCUACUUCUCUUGCUCCUGUUUCAAUCUCAUCAGGUGGAUCUCAACUUAAGGCACGUCCCCUUUGGUCGACAAAAUCCAUUUCACUUGCCAAAUCUCCAGGACUGGCAGUUGGAAGGAAAUCAAACCCAGUGGGAACCAGCCCCAAGUUGGCAGUUCGUGCCCAAUACAAUGAUGGUAGCAGCGGUGGCGGCGGUGAUUUUGUUGCUGGUUUUCUUUUAGGAGGUGCUGUAUUUGGAACUGUAGCAUAUAUUUUUGCUCCUCAGAUAAGAAGAUCCCUGCUAAAUGAAGAUGAAUAUGGAUUUCGGAAGGCCAAGCGGCCAAUAUACUAUGAUGAAGGUUUAGAGAAGACCAGGAAGACCUUGAAUGCAAAAAUCAGCCAACUGAAUUCUGCUAUUGACAAAGUAUCUUCUCGUCUGAGAGGUGGCAAUAAUUCUCCUCCUGUGCCUCUUGAAGCUGAUCCUGAGAUGGAAGCUACAAUGUGAGAUUCGUUUCUGUUUGUUCAUAAUAAUUUCUGAGACCAUGUAAUGUUUGAAGAUCAGCAUGAACCAUGUGUUUUUGCCAUUACUGUUGAUUAAAGGUUGCUUUUUGUGAUGUUUAAAUGAGAAUAUGAACGAUGUAGUUAGCUGUUUUAUUGGUCUAAAAGUUUAGGGAUUAUGUUUGAAAGCCAUAUAAACAGCAUUCUACAGCUGCUUUAGACA